AGAAUUUGGUUAGCACAAACACGGCGUAUGAGGCAUAUAAGUAAAAUAACAUUUGCUAUACUUGUUGCAUUACCUCGAGAUUUCCAACGAACCAUCCCGAUCACCACUACCAUUGCUUCAGUGCUGAGCCGGCAAACAGCUCUAAACUCGUCCCUGUCUACUUGUUGUCGUAGGUUAGUUUUUCGCCCCAGUUUUCUGCAAUGGAUAAGGCGAAGAGUGGAGGAAGUAAGAGCGAAGGCGCUGCUGGUGGUGUUGCAGAAGAUCAAAUUGAAGACUUGGAAGGUAGCGAGCUAGGAACUAAAGAGCAUUGGGAAAAAGCUUAUCAGAAUGAAUUGGAAAAUUAUAAUCGCCACGGGAUCAUAGGUGAUAUUUGGUUUGGCGAUGACAUUAUGAUGAAAAUUGUUAGACAUAUCGUGGACGAAACUUUAGAAGUUACGGAGCAGUCUUCGAUAUGCGACAUUGGUUGUGGCAACGGUUCGCUGAUGCUGGAAUUUGCGAGAGAAGGUUAUACAAAAUUAACUGGUUUGGAUUAUUCUGAGAAUGCUCUAAAAAUGGCGAAGGCGCUUUUAACUGGCGAAAACUUUACUGCAACGUUCAAGACGUUCGAUUUAUUGAAAGAGUACGAAGAAUCAGAAGUCACUGCUUUUGACGUCUGUCUGGAUAAGGGGACGUUCGAUGCCAUAUCACUGUGUCCAAAUAUUUCUGCGGUGGAAGGGAGGAAGAGGUACUUUAAUAACAUGCUAAAAUUGCUAAAGGAUAAUGGAAUCUUUGUGUUGGCCUCUUGUAACUGGACUUCCAAAGAGUUGGUCACUUUCGCCAAGGACCUCUUUGAUUUUACGGGAAUCAUUCCAACCCAAGAAUUUAAAUUUGGGGGCAAAUCUGGAUCUGUGGUCAGUAUCAUAAUUUUACGAAAAAAGAGGAUGUUCUAGUAAAUUGAAAAAUUGGAAUGUGACUAUAAUUCAUUAUCUAUAAAUAAUUUCGGUAUGAACGAGAUUAUAUUUUUCAACUAAUUCUUGUAUUUAAUAAGUUUAUAAUAUACUGCUUUGUUGUGGAUUAUAAUCAAUAAGAUGUAAUACAGAAAGCAUUAUGCAAAA